CAGUGGUGCUAUGAAGGACGCGCCGCGCUGCCUCCCGCCGCAUAUAAAAGAAGGUCGCUGAGCCGCGGGGACGGCUUCCUAGGAGCCCCAUCAUUAGUCAAGGACGACGCUGUGCGGCACAAUGGCCGUGUGUGCGACGUGCGUGAGCAAGGUGUACAGUGGGGUGAUGGAUGAUGUAAUUUCUGGAGUGAGAGAGUUCUUUUUGGAUGAGGGCCUGGAUGAACAAGUGCUGUCUGAGCUGCGUCAGUUAUGGGAGCAGAAGUUACAACACAUGAAUGUUUUUGCCAACUGUGAACCAGGCACAACAUCCUCCCACCAGUCACAGGGACAGGUGCAACAGCAGCAACAACAACAGCAACAACAGCAACAACAGCAAACUCAGCAACAACAACAGCAGGUCCAACAGCAGCAACAACAGCAGCAACAGACACAACAGACUGCAGGAGGAAGUCCAGCUGUAGUUGCCAAUUUGGUACCAGUGCAGAUUACUGUGCCAGCACAGCAGGCAGGGGGUGUGCCCAAAGCCAUUACCAUCCAUGUCCCAUCCAAUGCUCUGGCUAAUGGAGUUGCUGGCAUGCAGCUGCAGGCCAUUCUUAGCUCCCCAACUGCUGCACAUACCUUUGCUCUUGAGCCUAGCAAGGCAGCGGAAAUUAUCCAGCGUAAAUUGAAUCAAGCCCUUGAGGAGAAUGGUAUUACUCUUCCUCCACAACUCCAGCAGUAUAGCCAGAUUGCCACCACUCAGGUGGAUGGACCUGCUGAUGAACCACUUGGAGCCACAUCAGCCUCCAGUUCCUCAUCCUUACUUCAGGCAGAAGCUACUCAUCCGCCACACACUGUCACUGCAGAUAGAAGAAUUAUGGAUGCUAUAAUCUAUGAGAGAUUAAAAGCCACCCAGGUGGAUGGCCAGUUUGGCACUGGAGACAGCUCCUCUGAGAUCUCUGAUGAUGAUGAUGAUGAUGACGAUGACAAAGAUGAAGAAGAUGAUAAAAAAUCCAUAGAUGGAGAAGAAGAUGAAGAUGAAGCUGAGGGGCCAGAGGAAGAACCCCUAAACAGUGAUGAUGAUGUGAGUGAAGAUGACACUUCUGACAUGUUUGACACAGACAAUGUCGUUGUUUGUCAGUAUGACAAGAUCACUCGAGUGAGAAAUAAGUGGAAGUUCAACCUGAAAGAUGGCAUCAUGAACCUCAAGGGGAAGGACUACCUCUUUCAAAAAGCCACUGGGGAAGGGGAAUGGUAGACAACAAGCAUGCUAUAGAUAAAGGAAGGCAGGCCACAUGGAGAACUGUCAUUUCAGAGACUGAGUGGUCAUGUUUCUGUCCACUCCUGUGGUACAAAGCUUUAGCUGGUUGUUGCUGCACUUCUGUGACCAGACAGGUUUGUCUGUUAGUGCAGUACAGUGAGAAAAUGUCAAUGUGUGAAUUAUGUGCACUUGAUACAGUUGUUGAUUUCUUACCUAUUGUCCAUAAGACUGAGAAAUAUUGAUUCCUCAGAGUUGCAGGUUUUAUAUUUAUCUCACUGUAGAGCAGGGAUUCACUAUGUAUAUAAUUCUCUGCAUGGCAUUAUGACUUCAUUGUUCAUUAUUUAGCAUUACAGUAUGUUUUGAAUAUUCAAUUUACCCAUUCACUAGCCAUUGCAAUGCUCCUGUUCUGUUAGAAAAAAAUAUCACUUAGAGACUGCUUUCCUCUUAAGGCAAAUCUCACAAAUAAUUAAGGGUUCACAGAAAUUCUACACCUGUACAAUUGAUAAUGUGUUUCAGUUAUUGAUUAUUUGAAGCCUCUUGUAGUAUGUUUACAGUGGAUGAAUCAUUAAGAUGAGGUGUGGGAAAGUAUAGCUUGUUUGCAUUUAGUAUCCAUGAUGUUUAUUUUUUUUUUAUGUAAAUCUAGCAAUGACUUACUUUGUGUGGUCACAUUCCUUCAUUGUUCUGCCAUUUUUGUGUUCACAGUAUUGCUCUCCUAUCUUGCUGGCACAAGUGUUGAUUUAUUGAACAGGUCAAAUAGAAUUUUUUUCACAGUAACUUUUGUGUCCCAUGAUUAUUCCCCUUAUUUUUAUUUAUUUAUUUUCUUUUACCUCUGAUCCUUUUAUUUUGCAUUAUUGUACAACAAAAGUGUGUUCAUUGAAAUAUUAAGUCCAGGUCUGUUCAGAUUAUCAGAAUAUGGAAAAAAGGAAUAUACAGAUCUAUCUUUGAUUGUCUUGGAGGUUGUCCUGUGCUAAUGAAUGGCUACUGGUUUGUUAACUCCAGCAGUUUUGUGGGAAUUUCUUUUGAGCUCCAGUGUCUAGAUGAUGGAAUAGUUUUGUUUGAAGGCUUUUGGGCAUUUUGUAUCCCCAUGAUGUUCCUACUUAAUGGAUCCUUAAAUUAUCAGAGCACCUCUUAUGCUUGUUGUGGGCAAUAGGCAUGCAUAAAGGUAGCCAUGAUGGGAGGUGACCGCUUGCAUGAAAAUUGCCAGGCAACCACUGAACACCAGUUAUUGUAAAUAUAACUAUGGCAAUUCAUAUUUUGUUUUAGGGGGUGGAGGGGUUACCUUGAUCGUAACCUCCCAAUGUUUCUAGUUGUUUGCAGGCUGCUGCUGUGGAAACCAAUCAUGACCAUCUCAUAGCUUAUAUGCUGAUAGAUCAACUGAUCAGAAGGCACCACCGAAAGUCAUAAAUAUGCCCGUUUUUUUCACCAUAUGUUGUUUUAGGUGGUAUAGUGGGUGUAUUAGCAAUGGCACACGAGGCAAAACUGAUAUAAUCAGAAGUGAAAGAGAAAUCAAUUAACUCUUACCAAUUACCCUUUUGUUUUCAUGAGGCUUACUGGUUUCAUGCCAAUAUAAGAGAACCAUAAAACUAAUCAUGUUUAAUUUCUAAUUUACUUUUUUUAUUUUUAUAUCUAUCUAUAUCUAUCUAUCUAUCUAUCUAUCUAUCUAUCUAUAUAUAUAUAUAUAUAUAUAUAUAUAUAUAUAUAUAUAUAUAUAUAUAUAUAUAUAUAUAUAUAUAUAUAUAUAUAUAAUUUAUAUUUUCCAUAGUUUAGAUUUCCAUAUAUCUGGAAAUCUAAUUCAAUUCUUGUAUUGUAACUUUCUGGGUUUUAAACUGAAGAUUUGUAUCCCAAAAUUAACUUAACUUGCACUAUUGAGGUAUAUAUGUCUGUCAUUUAUUGUCCAAUUUUUAUGAUUCUGGUGUCACUGAAAAGGGAAUUACCAUGCCUUAAAAGUUAUGUGACAAUUUUCAUUUGAGUGUUUAAUUUUUUUUAGAGCUUAACUCGUACAGUCUUUAGUAAGUAUAUACGUGUAAGCUUUAGUUUUGAGCCAGGUUGCGGCCUUCAAUUUUGUUUGUAGGUAUAUACAAGACUUGUCACUGACACUAACAAAGAACAUUUUUGACAAGUCAGGAGUGAAUUUUUUUCAUACAUAGAGUACUUAUCUUUAGAGCUUGUAACUGUUACUGUAAAAACUGACUACUUAUGUAGGAACUUGGGCAUACUUGGUGAUUAUGUUGUUUUUUCUAUGCCUUUGUCAACAUAUAUUUGAAAUCAAAUUGAAAGCUAUGAUAUUGAUAUUGUACUUGGUAUUGUUGUGGAUUUGGCUAUACAGCUCUGCCCUCAAAUAUCAUUACUCAAAACUAUGUUACUUUUCCUUGAAAGUUUCUUCUUGAAUAGAAUAUAUAUGAAUAUAGAAAAUAUAUGAAAAAAACACAACCUGCCAAGACCCCUGUCUGACAAAGCCCAACACUGUGUGGGUUAUGUGAAAAAUUUUUUUUCCAUGACAAUGGAACCAAAAAUGGUAAUUCUGUUACACUUCAUAGAAAGCCAUCAAAAGUAUCAUGUGACAAGUUGUCAAGAAAAUCCAAGGAAAACUUGUCAAAAUAUGCAAAAAUCUAAACCUUAAUUUUUCAUCAUUUCAUUAGAAAUGGAAAAAGGUCUACUAAAGUGCAUGCCUGUUCCCACAGUCAAAAGCAUUCAAUUGGAAUCAAAGAAUAAAUGUCUUAAAACUUCUCUCUCAAAAGAGUUCAUAUCAUAAGAAGGCAUAAAAGGUACAGAAGCUAGUGGAGACAACACAAAUCAUCAAACUUGGUGGAAAAGAACUUUAUAGACAAAGAAAAUUUUGCCUAGUUUGGUUCAUUGAUAACAGAAAUGGAAAAACUUGGUCAGUCCCCUUCUCAUGCAGGGCACGGAUAUUCAUAUUGAAACCACUUUUGAUUGUUGAACAUUAACUUCAUCUAAAAGAUUUGGCAUGGUAGUAUACAGUAAUUAGACUUCAAUAGAUUUUCAUGAUAGAUUAAGCUUUCCUUGUUGACUUUUAAGUGGAUAAAUAUGAUCAGAAGCUCAUCCAUUUCAUUGUAAUAUUUAUUACUUUAUAAUCAACAAGAUAUCCAAUGAAUAUUUCAUAGCUACAGUAUGUAUAUAUUUUUUAUUGUGGUCCAUUGUUUGCUGUUGCCACUUGAAUUAUCCAUAUCAUAAAUUAAACUGGCCUGAAUCAUGACAAUCCUUUUCAUUCCUGCUUCAAAUGACUGCAUUUAUUCAUAUAUUGUUUGUAAUGUAUAUAACAUUUCUGUCAAUUAUUGAUCUCUUUGGCUUCCCAACUUGCAGCUAUAGUUUUUCCUUACAAUAAGCAAAAGAUUAGACAUAGAACACAGCUGACAUUUAAAGUGACAUGAAAUGCAGUUUUCUAAAUUCACUUGUGCUACUAUGGAUAUGGAAUCUGAAAGCUUAACACCAUUAAGUUUGAAUUAAUCCUAGCAAGAGAAGGAAAAUAUAAGAUUAUAAAUUAUCUCUCAUACCAAAGGUCUAAGCAUGUUGAGCACAACUUAAGAUAAACAUUUGAUAGAAAUUGUUUUUUCACUCCAAUAUAAGAUAUAAAGGUCAAGGAUCUAAGCAGCUGAAAUUGGUCACUGGGAAUUAUUUAAGUUUAAGAAGAAUGAAUUAUGAAAAUAACAAAAGUGUGCUAUUUAGUGGCGUAGUUAUUAAAUCAAUCACUCAAAUGUAAUUAUACACAGGGAGCAUGAUAGUAAAAUGAGAUUAUAUGAGUGAUAAAUAUGGUGAAUGUAAGUGUUUGAUUAUGUAAGAGAAAAAAAGAAUGUGUAUGACUUCAGUUAUGGUCAUCUAUGGUGGAUCCUUGGAACAAAUGGAUAGAUGAAUAGAUAAACCGAAUAGUUGUUCAAGAAAAAAAAUUAUUAGCAAACUUUCAGGAAAGUUCUUUUUUCUUCAUCUUUCAUUUAGAGCAGGAGAUAAAAUGAAUCAUUGUGAAAGGAAACCAAUAGUCACUUGAUUCUUGCAUCCUAUGUGUCUGACAUGAAUAUAGCAAUGCUCAAAAUUACUUCAUUGUUCAGUAAAAUAAAAACUUGGGAUGCAUUACUAUCUAACAAUCAUACUUUCCCAUGUCUUCCUCAUACUUACCAUUGCACUGAGAUUUAUAGCAAACUUGCAGGAAAGUGUAACAUUUGUAGUUGGCCUUUAUUUUUUGCAAGAGUAAAUUUCAUUUAACUUCAUUAAUAAUGUAUAAUGACAUGUUAUGGUUCUAUUUUUUCUAUGCUCAAAUUUAGAAAAAAAAAGUUGCAUGAUCUGGUCCAUAGUCCUUUACAGUCUUGGUGUAUUUUUUGUUUUAUUUUAUUUAUUUAUUUUAUUUUUUUAUUUAUUUAAUUUUUUAGCUUAUUGAAUGAGCAUGUUCCUGUGAAACAGUAGUUAUAAAAACAAAAAAAUCCCUGCAUGUUUCAUUAUAAGCAAGCUGAAGCGUGGGCCAUCUAUUGGAGUCACAUUAUGUACUUCAGUGGAUGGUGUUAUUGAAAACACAUCUGAAGCAAUAUUUUACAAUUGAGCCAUGUCACCAGAAUGUCUGAGCAACACUAGUCAAGUGUUGUAUGCUUAAAUAGUUGUUUCAGUAAUCACAUGAAGCUCAAACUUCAGUCUACCAUGAAUGCUAGUUUGAAAUGACAUGUAUGAACCACAAAAUGAAUGUUAUAACACA